AUGCCUUCCGUAGACAUCAAGCAGAUCGUCGACACCAAGCCUCUGAGCUUCACCAUCAAGACCGGAAGCGGCAAAUGGCAAUGCCAGAUUCACAGCGACAGAGCCUCAUACGAGCGCUCGCGCACCACAAAGGCGCCGGGAAUCUCCCGCAUGGAUUCCGGCCUAUCCACCUCGACGAGGUCGUCGACCAGCUCGGUCGCGAGCACCUCGUCGCACUAA